CGGGGCCGCGAGCGGCAUGGAGGAGGCGGAGGCCGCGCCGCGCCGGGCCGAGCCGUGCGGGCCCAGCGGGGGCCCCAGCGGGGGCCGGGCCUCCUGAGCCAUUCCUGAAGGAAUGGGUUGGCCGGGACGGUGGUGACCCUCCAAUCAGGCAUGGACGACUGGAAGCCCAGCCCCCUCAUCAAGCCCUUUGGGGCUCGGAAGAAGCGGAGCUGGUAUCUUACUUGGAAGUAUAAACUGACCAACCAGCGGGCCCUGCGGAGAUGCUGUCAGACAGGCGCUGUGCUUUUCCUACUGGUGACCGUCAUUGUCAACAUCAAGUUGAUCCUGGACACGCGGCGAGCAAUCAGCGAGGCCAGUGAAGACCCAGAGCCGGAACAAGACUAUGAUGAGGCGCUGGGCCGAUUGGAGCCCCCACGGCGCAGAGGCAGUGGCCCCCGACGGGUCCUGGAUGUGGAGGUAUACUCAAGCCGCAGCAAAGUGUAUGUGGCAGUGGACGGCACGACGGUGCUGGAGGAUGAGGCCCGGGAGCAGGGCCGGGGCAUCCAUGUCAUCGUCCUCAACCAGGCCACGGGCCAUGUGAUGGCAAAGCGUGUGUUUGACACAUACUCGCCUCAUGAGGAUGAAGCCAUGGUUCUCUUCCUCAACAUGGUGGCGCCUGGCCGCGUGCUCAUCUGCACUGUCAAGGACGAGGGCUCCUUCCACCUCAAGGACACAGCCAAGGCUCUGCUGAGGAGCCUAGGCAGCCAGGCCGGCCCUGCCCUGGGCUGGAGGGACACCUGGGCCUUCGUGGGACGCAAAGGAGGUGCCGGCACCACAGCCAUCCACCCUGUAGAAUUAAGGGCCUGGGAGGAGCAGAGCCCCAGGACUUGGGGGCGGGGGGCGAGGGGCAAAUCGGAGCCAGUGGCGGUGGGCGGGAUGAAAGUGGGCAGGGCGCUGGGAAGAAGCUCCAGACCUGGAGCCUGGGCUCGCAUUGCGCCUCAUUCCUGCCCCCUGCCAGGUCCUGUCCUCGGGGAGAAACAUUCGAAGUCACCCGCCCUCUCCUCCUGGGGGGAUCCAGUCCUGCUGAAGACAGAUGUGCCCCUGAGCUCCGCCGAAGAGGCAGAGUGCCACUGGGCAGACACAGAGCUGAACCGUCGCCGCCGCCGCUUCUGCAGCAAAGUCGAGGGCUAUGGGAGUGUGUGCAGCUGCAAGGACCCCACACCCAUCGAGUUCAGCCCUGACCCACUUCCAGACAACAAGGUUCUCCACGUGCCCGUGGCCGUCAUCGCCGGAAACCGGCCCAAUUACCUGUACAGGAUGCUGCGCUCUCUGCUCUCAGCCCAGGGGGUGUCGCCCCAGAUGAUAACAGUUUUCAUCGACGGCUACUACGAGGAGCCGAUGGACGUGGUGGCGCUCUUUGGUCUGCGGGGCAUCCAGCACACUCCCAUCAGCAUCAAGAACGCCCGUGUGUCCCAGCACUACAAGGCCAGCCUCACUGCCACUUUCAACCUGUUUCCGGAAGCCAAAUUUGCUGUGGUUCUGGAAGAGGAUCUGGACAUUGCUGUAGAUUUUUUCAGUUUCCUGAGCCAAUCCAUCCACCUGCUGGAGGAGGACGACAGCCUGUACUGUAUCUCUGCCUGGAAUGACCAGGGGUAUGAACACACCGCGGAGGACCCAGCGCUGCUGUACCGCGUGGAGACCAUGCCUGGGCUGGGCUGGGUGCUCAGGAAGUCCUUGUACAAGGAGGAGCUUGAGCCCAAGUGGCCCACACCGGAAAAGCUCUGGGACUGGGAUAUGUGGAUGCGGAUGCCGGAGCAGCGCCGAGGCCGGGAGUGCAUCAUCCCCGACGUGUCCCGCUCCUACCACUUCGGCAUCGUCGGCCUCAACAUGAAUGGCUACUUCCACGAAGCCUACUUCAAGAAGCACAAGUUCAACACCGUUCCAGGUGUCCAGCUCAGGAACGUGGACAGUCUAAAGAAGGAAGCUUACGAAGUGGAGGUUCACAGACUGCUCAGUGAAGCUGAGGUUCUGGACCACAGCAAGAACCCGUGUGAAGACGCUUUCCUGCCAGACACAGAAGGCCACACCUACGUGGCCUUUAUCCGAAUGGAGAAGGAUGACGACUUCACCACCUGGACCCAGCUUGCCAAGUGCCUCCAUAUCUGGGACCUGGAUGUGCGCGGCAACCACCGGGGCCUGUGGAGGUUGUUUCGGAAGAAGAACCACUUCCUGGUGGUGGGGGUCCCAGCCUCCCCUUACUCGAUGAAGAAGCCACCGUCUGUCAUCCCCAUUUUCUUGGAGCCACCCCCAAAGGAGGAGGGAGCCCCAGGAGCUGCAGAACAGACAUGAGACCUCCUCCAGGACCCUGCAGGGCUGGGUACCGUGUACCCCCAGGCAGGCUAGCCCUUCACCCCAUCCUGUAGGAUUUUGUAGACACUGGCAGGGGUUGGGGCUGGUUUGUUUUUAACAUGAGACUUAAUUACUAACUCCCAGGGGAGGGUUCCCUGCUCCAACGCCCCUGUUCCUGAGUUGGAGGUCUAUUUAUUUCCUUCCUUGCUGGGACGGGGCAGGAUAGUACCUGGGCAUCCCUGGGGUCCCUGGGCAGCUGAUCCUGCCCUUUGUAUACUCCCCGCUCCCAGGCCUGGCUCAGAAUCUAACCUAUUUAUUGACUGUCCUGAGGGCCUCGGACACAGGCUGAAGCCUGGAGGGCCUCGAUUCCUUUCUGGACCGGGGUGCUGCCCUGAGGGUGGGGCUGGCUCUUACUCAGGAAACUGCUGUGCCCAACCCAUGGGCAGGCUGCUGGGGCCCACCUGCUGGGGCAGACUCACUCAGAGACCCUCAGACACUGAACCAGGCCUCUUCUCAGCCUCCUCUUUGUCCAGAUUUCCAAAGCUGGAUAAGGGGGUCCUUGAUUAAAAAAGGAGAAAAGCUC